AUGGACCCGUUCACGCUGCUCAAGGACUAUGUGCAGCGGGACGAGCUGGGGGCGGUGCGGGCGGAGGGCGGCAACAUCGCCUUCGGCUCGGACUAUGUGUUUCCGCCGAGCACGCUGCUGGCAUUCAAAGUGGGAGACGGGCAGGCGCGCGAGGACUGGUUGCAGCUGGACGUGGCACUCCACUUUGCCCAGUUCUUCACCACACGCGACGCUGCCGGCAACACUCCUCGACUGGUCACCCCAGAGUACGUCAAGGCCGCCAAGGAGAGCAAGCUCAAGCCCGUCGGGGCGAGGGCGCGGCGCGACCUCCUCGACAUCCUCCUCGGACGCACCCGCGAAUCAACCCUCUGCGUAGAAGUGCCGCCGCAACUGGCGGCCGCCACGCUCCAGGCGCCCGAGCCGGCUCCGGCUGCGCCAGAGGCUGCGCAGACGCCUGCUGCGACGGACGACGACGCGGUCCGCGGUCCGGCGCGCAUCCUCGCUGACGUGCGCGCCCACCAGCGCCCUCUGCGGGACCGCAACUCCCAGCUCGUCGCGGCGCGCGGCGACUUCCGGUUCGCGAUCCAGAUCGCUGCGCGGUACGACCUCUUCGACUCGAAAGGCUCCGCGGGCGCCGGCGGCGCGAAGGCGGCGGCGGACCGCCCCGGGGGGGGAGUCAAGCGCCCCGCGCAGACCGACCUGGCCGGCGGGCGCGAGAAGGCGCCGCGCGGGACGCAGGUGCCGAUCAUCGUCGUGCCGCAGGGGCUGCAGACGCUGAUCAACAUGUGGAACAUCCGGAGGUUUCUCGAGGAGGGCAAAUUCGAGACGUGGCAAGCCACCAAGGAGCGCAUGGGCGGGAAGCCCGCGCGGGAGCUGCUGAUACUGCGGCGGCAGGGGCGCGAGGAGCCCGUGCCGUACAGGAUCGUGGACACGUACCCCGCGCGGCGCGACCAGCAGCGGUGCGUGGUGGCGUGCGUGAUGCACGGUGCCAAGUGGCAGUUUAAGGACUGGCCGUACAAGGACAAGGAGAGCGGCGGCGUGGACCUCGCGCACGCGAUGGCGGCGGUGCGGAUGGUGUACUUGAAGUGGCACGACGCGCGGACCGAGCAGCUGCCGGAGCUGGUGCGCAACGGCAACGUGCGCGUGCUGGGGCUGCACCGCGACAACCGGCACUCGGACAACCUCGUGGCGGGGGACUUCUGGAAGGAGGUCGACUUGCACAUCGCGCGGAACGCAGACCUCAACCGCACCGUGAAGUACUGA